AAAAAAGAGCUCCGUGGGCUUCUGAGGAUCACUGAAGUUCAGGUUCUGAAAUCUUCAUCUUCAAGCUGGUUAGAGAUCGUCUGCUAAGAUGCUCCGCAACAUCUUUCUUGCCAGCAUGCUCAUAUAUGCAGUCUGUGCAGUUCAUUGGGAGAUUCGUGAGCUGGACUCUGCUGAGGACCAAGAUGAAGAGAUCUCUGUUUUUCAGGCUGAUGAUGAAAGGAUGGAACAGCAGUCAUCUAUUGAGUGCAAAAUAUGCAAAUUGAUAAUGAAGGUGGUCAAAAAAAAAAUCCCGUCUAAUGCAACGCCGGAUGAAAUCAAAACCAAGCUGUACAACACCUGUGAGAAAGUCAGGUUGUUGAGAGUUCAGUGCAAGCACUUUGUUCAGAAGUAUCUGCACAAUCUGAUUGAUGAGCUGAUGACCGAUGAUGGGCCACAAACCAUCUGUACUAAAAUUCAUGUCUGCAAGUAGACAAGAAUCACCCAUAAAGGAGAUCAUAUUUGUACAUGAUGAAGCUAAUAACAAUUUGUAAAUGAGAAUAAAUGAUUACUGUGAAAGCAU